AUGGAGAAUGUCUUCAACAAGGUACUCAAUCAACUCAUUGGAGGGAAUGCACGGGAGCUGAAUGUCGUCUCAGUUGUUGGUAUGGGCGGUAUUGGUAAGUCAACUCUUGCCGGAAGCAUUUUUAGGAAUCCAUCAGUAUUCUAUCACUUUGAUGUCUCAUCAUGGGUAACUGUCUCUCAAAAAUAUGAUGUUAGAGAAAUGCUUUUAGAUGUUUUAAGUUUUGGUACACCGUCUCUAAAGGCAAUGUAUAGUAAUUUGAGCAAUGACCAACUAUUAGAGCAAGUGUAUAGAAAACUGAAAGGCAAGAGGUAUUUGAUAGUUUUGGAUGAUAUAUGGAGUAUAGAGGCCUGGAACCUAGUCAUAAGAUCAUUUUCCGAUGAUGAAAAUGGCAGUCGAAUCAUGUUAACGAGGCUCUCAGAAGUAGCAAUGUCUGCUGGUAAUGGUUACACUUUUAACAUGCCUUUCCUUAAUCUGGAAAAUAGUUGGAAACUAUUGGCCGACAAGGUAUUUGGUAUCGUAGUCUGUCCUCUUCGAUUGGAGUCAAUGGGAAAGCAGAUAGCACAACAAUGUCAAGGAUUACCUCUCUCUCUCGUUGUCAUAGCCGGGCUUCUCCCCAAGAUCAGUAGGACAUAUAAGGAUUGGCAAAAAGUUCUUGAAAGCAUGAAAUCACAUGAAGGUUCAACCUCUGAGCAGUGUUUAGCAAUAUUAGCUUUGAGUUAUAAUUACUUGCCUUGUAGCUUAAAAGCUUGUUUCCUUUAUAUGGGCGCUUUUCCUGAAGAUAAAGAAAUCCAUGUGGAUAAGUUGAUCAAAAUUUGGGUUGCUGAAGGUUUCCUGAAGCCAAGUAGUCAUAAAAAGUUGGAAGAGGUGGCAGAAGAGUGUUUAGAGGAUUUAUUUAGCAGAAGUUUGAUUAUAGUUAGUAGACGAAGAGCGAAUGGCAAAAUUAGAAGUUGCAGAAUUCAUGAUCUCCUUCGGCAAUUAUGCUUGAGAGAAGGAAAAUCUGAGAAGUUCUUUCAUGUCAUGACUAAAAGCUUUGAAAUGUCCGCAGAAUGCAUGGAGAUUGAACAUCGACUGUGUUUGCACACAGAUGGUUUAGAAAAUCAAAGUCUUGCACUGGAGAAAGGUAAUUUUGAUUCAGUUCGGACCAUCUUGUGCCUCGGUGAGCUCCAUUCUUUUUUGAACUCUGGAUGCUAUAAAAUAGUAGAUCCCCGUUUUGAAUUGCUAAGGGUAUUGGACGUGCAAAAUAUUCACUUUCCAAGUUUUCCCAAUGAGAUAACACAAUUAGUACAGUUGAGAUAUGUUAGUUUUACCACUGGUAGUGAAGUUCCGGCGUCCAUAUCCAAUCUGUGGAAUCUACAAACGAUGAGUGUUAUUUCAGUUGCGGAAAAUGAAUUACACCCUGCCAUUGGAAACUUGGAAGAUGUCAAGUCUGAGACAUUUCAAUCCAGGGAGAUUGUACAUGCCUGCUCCUCCCAAGGCACAAAAUUUUCUUGUUGGAAGGAAAUUUUUAUGGCCGUCACUAAUGUAAAGGCAUUGGGAGUUUUGAUUAAUCCAGAUCUUAAUGAAUGGUCUAAUUUUAAUGACAGUCUAAUCUGUCUAUCUGAUCUCCGGAAGCUAAGAAUUCAUCUAGCACUUCCCCCUUAUGUGCAGUUUUUCCCUAGGCUUCCUGCUCCGCAAUGGAACUCUUUCCCUGAAAAACUAAUGCAUUUGACACUUGAAGCAACACAUCUGCUAUGGAAGGAUAUUAGUUUUCUCGGUAAAUUACCCAAUCUUGAGGUGCUCAAGCUAAAAUAUUUUGCAUUUCAAGGGAGCAAUUGGAAUCUAAAUGAAGGGGGUUUCAAGAAACUCAAGUUGCUACACAUUUUCAUGACAAACUUGGUGCAAUGGAAAGCAACCAGUGAUAGUCUUCCUAGCCUUGAGUGUCUAGUUUUAAGGCAUUGCUAUAAAUUGAAGGAGAUGGCUUCUGAGAUUGGAGAUAUUCCCACAUUAGAAUUGAUCGAGUUGCAUCAUUGUAGCCACGCUGCUGCCACUUGUGUAGAGGAAAUUCUUGAAGAACAAAAAAGCAUGGGAAAUGAAAUACUGGUCGCCCAUGCCUACAAUACCGGAGUGCAAUACUUCGACAUGAGAGGUGAAGUUGAUGAAGAAGAUGAUUAUUCUUCCACCUACGGCUCAGAUGUAACAUAUAAUCAUAUGAGCAAUAUGCAUGUAGGUGCAAAUACAUCUAGCUUGUCUGCUUUCGGAUUCAUUACUUUCAUCCGUUCUCACAGUUGUUUUGAAAUUCCUUCUGUAUGCUGCUGGCAGAGAAAAUUCCUUACCAAGGCGAGGGAAGAAGUACUCAAUGUGGAACAUACAAGUGAAGAUAUUAAUUUUGAUGUUGAAGAGCUAGCAUGUAGUCGUUGGAUCACUACAUGCUUAAAAUAUGAGGAGAAGCCCAAACAGUUGAGGUUAGAAUAUGGAUCAGAACGUGUACAGGGGGAUAGUUCUACCAAUAAAUUAGCUCAAGGAGCGAGAGUAGCUCGUGAUCUUAGUAGAAAUCUUAGCCGAAGAUCUGAGGAGAAGGCCAAACAGUUGAUCUUAGAUUAUGCAGGAUCAGAAUGUCGACAGGGAAAUGCAGAUCUUGAAGUGAGUUUUUCGCCUCCAUCCUCUCCAGGUGGUGAAGACAUUGAUAUUACUCCGAAUGAUAGAAGAUAUCGCAAUUCCAGUAAAAAAUCCCAGUUUUAUUCAAAGUUGAAUAGAUUAAUUGGGCAAGAGUAA